UCAGUGAAGAAGAAGAGUGGAGAGGAGGAUGACGGACCCUUGGCAGAACCUAAAGAAAAGUUUGUUCCUAGAAACUGGACUACAUUUAAAAAACAUGAAAAGGAACUGAACAAACUGGGCCCAAUGGCCAAAAGCAGAUACAUGGCUUAUGAAGAGCCUUCUAAAGACAUCCUUGCAGUAAGAGAAAAGACUCUAAAGCGACUCAAGGAUUUGAAGAAAGAUUAUGAAAUGAAUCAUCCUCCUGUACCAGAAGAAGUCAUCAUUGAAAAAGACAAACACGCCAAGUUAAUAGGACAAUUGAAAGCUGCAGAAGCAAGAAACAGACUGAGGAUAAUGAGGCUAAGAUAUUCAGCCAACAGGGCCCAAGAAAUCAACCACCUGAUCUCAUGUCAGCCUACGGCCAUUAAAGCAGUGAGAUUACAAGCCCUCGUGCCUUCCAGUGCUGAGAGAAAAGAUAAAGGGGACAGACUAGAUAAACUACAAAGACAUAGGAUAGAGUCUCUCUUAGAAGACUCAAGGGGACUAUUGACUAAUAGGCUGGCUUGA